AUGGCUCCCAGAAAGGUUUUGUGUUAUCUUAUGUCUAAUAUGGUGCUCCCUGGUCCUGAUGGGGACAAUCAACCUUCUGCGUCCAACCAGGACGAUAAUCUCGAUAUAUUGGAGAGGAUCUUACGAGAACCACCAGAUCAAGAUCGAGGUGACCAGGAACAAAUGUUGCAAAGACUAUCACGCCUAAGAGAUCCAAUGGCCAAUUUAAAUGUUGUCAAUACAAGAUAUGGUUUAGUUAGUCCACUUGAACCGACUUUAUAUGAAUUACUGCAGAGAAUUUGUGCAUCCGAAGCAAAUGGAGAGGAGAAGGACGUGGAGUCGUUGCUCCGAGUAACAAUGCGAGUCACAUCGCGCGAUGUGUCUCUGCAGCGUCUGCACCUUUACGUGCCUGCACUUCAGGAAUUGGUUCUGGAAGGGUCCAGGAUGACUUCCAUCAGGGACCUAGGAUGUGACCUUGUCAACCUUAAAUUGCUGAAUAUAAGCAAUUGUGGUUUAGAUUCGUUGGACGGAACAAACGGUCUUCCCGUAACUCUGGAGAAAUUGUACGCUGCACGAAAUCGAAUCCGGGACGUGAUUUGUGUCGUAAGUCUCGAGGGACUGCAACUCCUCGACCUCAGUGGGAAUCGUGUCCGAGAUAUAUCAACUUUGGGUUUUUUGACUUUGUGCGAGGAGCUCCGAAGCAUAUUCCUUGCAAAUUGUCCCUGCGCAGAUAUACCGGAUUUCAGGCGACGAGUGCGUAAACUGAUGCCUCAUUUGCACGAACUCGAUGGAAUACCCUUCCAGGAAGAAGAUGACGAAGGAUCAGAAGAAUAUAAAUCUAAAUUUAUCCAGUCAACAAGUGAUAUAAAAAAUUUGUUAGAAAUAGACAAUAUCCAAGAAUCACCAAGAGGACUGAAAAAACUAAAUGCUUCUGAAACACUAUGUGGAAAUUUGGCCAAAUCUUUAAGAAAUCGUCAAGCCAAAUCUACAACUUGUUCAAUUGAAAAUAAAAGUAAAUCAGUAGCAAAUAAGACAAUGGAAACUAAAAAAUUUAAUUUAUCUCCACGAUUAAAUCCGUUACCUGAGAUAACUCCAGAUUUUGAGGAAAGCACCGAAGAUUCAGAAGUAAAAUUGAAUAUUUCUGUACGACCUGAUUCAAAAAUUUCGGGUAAGACUAAUUUGGCUGAUGACACUGCAUCAUUAACACCCAAAUCAUUGUAA